CUUAAUCAUCAAUUCUAAUCUAAUACAACCAGAAAUUUUGUCUCGAACGGACAGCCGAAACCUGAACAAACAGCAAGGAGAUUGGGUUAUCGGUAAUGUCACAUACUCCAACUGUGCGAGCAUUUGUGCCUACGUUGCACAAUGAUACAUAUCCCACGAUAGAUCCAACUAAACUCGACCUGAGUGGGAAGACCGUGCUCAUUACCGGAGCCUCGAAAGGUAUUGGAAGUGCAACAGCUAUUUCUUUCGCCCGGGCUGGAGCAUCGGGUCUGAUACUUGGCGCAAGAUCUUCGCUCCUUGAAGUCCGUGAUAACGUAAUCGAGCAGGCGAAGAUAGCAGGCCAUUCGCCACCCAAAGUGCUCGCACUUGAGAUUGAUGUGUCCUCGCAGAAAAGCGUCGAGGACGCAGCUUCUAGGGUGCGCAGCGAAUUUCGCAGCGUGGAUGUCUUAAUCAACAAUGCUGGAUACUUGGAGCAGUGGUCGCCAAUUACCGAGACAGACCCGGCAGAAUGGUGGAAGACGUGGAAUGUGAACAUUCUUGGCGUAUACCUUAUGAAUCGCUACUUUCUGCCCUUAGUCCUUCAGUCUGAGCUUAAAACCAUUGUCAACAUCACUUCUAUUGGAGCUCACCUGACCAUGCAUGGAGCAUCUGCGUACCAGACCUCCAAGCUGGCUGUUCUGCGCCUCACUGAAUUCUUGAUGGAAGAGUAUGGAUCGCAAGGCCUAAUCGCCAUUGGAGCACAUCCGGGUGGCGUCAGUACUGAGCUUGCCCUAAACAUGCCUAAAUACAUGCAUUCUCUCCUCAACGACAGACCGGAACUAGCAGGAGACUUCCUUGUCAAGCUGGUAAGUGAGCGAAGGGAAUGGCUUGCGGGUAGAUACCUGUCAGUCAACUGGGAUUGGAAUGAGCUCAUGGCUAAGAAGGAGGUCAUUAUGGACGAAGAUCUUCUUAAAGUCAGGUUAGCUCUCUGAAGUUGCGAUGGACUUAAUGCUUGCAUAUGUGCCGUGAUUUUGCGACUGCUUGUAUCACUACACACCCAUCCACUCCCCUUCAUCGCUGAGAUCACUCCCUUCAAUCUUAACAUUUUCUGAAACAUCAUCGUUAACAUCCAUGAUCAAAAACCCAUCCUCUUUCCGUUUUAGCGGUUGUUUAAGCAGCACAUCAAGUUUGUACCCGUUAUUCUCGCCCAAUCUCCUAACUUCAC